AUGAAAAAAACAAUUACCUUGGCACCUGAUUACUCAAAAUCUUCUUUUUUUAAUGAUGGAAGCUUUCUCUUUUGUAAUUCUCUUACAAAAUAAUUGGACUUUAUAGAAAUUGGAACUUUCUAAAUGAAAUACUUAAAUAAACAAUCUUCAGUGUCUAUUUUGAUUUCUGACUAAGUGAUAAAGAUAGUUGAAGAAGUAUAAUAUUGACAUAAAUAGAAAUUUGAGAAAUAUAUUUUUAUUGAAAAUGUGUGUUUCAAAAAAAUAUUACAUCCUAAAACUCAAUAAUUAGGGAUUCGUCUAAGUAAAAAUGGAUAAUACGCAGAAUUUUUUGGGGAAAUUGUUGAAAUUUGGAAGUUAAUAAAAAGAUAUGUCAUACAAGAAGAUUUUUUACUCAAAUAUAAGUUGGGAUCAAAAAUUGGAGAGGGAUAUAGCUCCUCAGUAUAAUAUAUUAAAAUUAUAAAGGUUUUUAAAGCUUUUAAAAUUUUAAAUGGUUAAAAAUUUGCUGUGAAAAUAGUAGACAAGUACAUGUUAUCUAGAGAUAAUAAUUUAGAAAAAUAAUAAAUGCUUAAUGAGUUAAGUAUUCUUCGUUAAAUCAAUCAUAUUAAUUUAUUAAAAUUAGAAGAAAUAUUUGAAAGCGAAGAAAAUAUAUAUAUUGUAACAGAGUUAUUAGAAGGAGGAUAUCUAAAGAAUUCUAUAUUUAGGUUUAGGUUUUCUGAAGAAGAGACUAUCAUCUUAAUGUAAUAAUUAUUCCGUACUUUGAAUUAUUUACAUUAGAUGAAUAUUUUUCAUCUUAAUAUCAAAUUUGAUAAUAUUUUCCUAAGAGAUGAACAAGAUCUUACUUCUGUUUGUAUCAUUAAUUUUGGAAAAGCAGAAAUUUAGAAAUUUAAUUCAUUAAGUUCUAAAAAUCUCAAUCAUUAUGAUCCAAACUCACUCAUAUCAUUUUAUAGAAAAAAAGAUAUAUAUGCAAUAAGUCUAAUUAUUCUUAGCAUCUUUGUAAAAAAACUAUAUAAGGAAAGUUAAAUGGUUGAUGAAUUAUUAAUGAAAAAUUAUGACUGCUUUAGUUUUGUAGAAUAAAUGAAUCUCUUACCCCCACUAUAGAAUUUUUUUGAAAUAUUGUUUACUGAAAAAGGAAGAAAUUUAAUUGAUAUAUUAACUUGCUAAGAAAUUUUAAAAUUAGAAGUUUUUAACUUAAAUUUUUAAAGACGAUCAUCAAAAGCUACUUAAAUUUUACAUAUAAAAACUUUUGAUUAAAAAAGAUAAUCAAGAUUUAUACCAAGACCAUCUCAAAAAGACAAUCUUUAACUUUCCUAACUUUAAAAAAGUUUGAAAUUACCAAAUAUAAAUGAUUCUGGUGACAAUAAACUUCCUUAAAAUCAAUCCUAUAGUCCUUAAACAGAAAAGUAUCUUUCUCAUAAACUGCUAAAUGAAUGCAAAAUUAAUAAUUAAACUCCAAGAUAAAGUAUCUUAAGAAAAUUAUUAAGUCCAAAUGUUUGA